CUCCAUUCAAGCUUUCAAGACAGGCUGAAAGCACAGGUUUCUCAAUGGCGCUCCGCCACCUCGUGCUCGUCGCCUUCGCCGGGCUCGGUCUGAGCCAAAACUGCCCUAUCUUUGGCCCGGCGUACCCAGAGGUCCCGGCCUCCGCGCCGGCCUUGACGGCAGCCAAGAUGGCCAUCCAGGAUGAGAUUGCCGGAGCCCUUGCGGGUGGACAGCUGGACAAUGGGACAGCAUUCGGCGUCCAGGUGUUCCUGCGCCACUCGGACAAGACACUGUUCGAGUAUUACCAUGGCCCCGUCGGCCCCGACACGCUGUUCCGCGUCGCCAGCAUCUCCAAGGUCAUCGCCGUGUACACGACGCUGGCCGCGCUGGGAGACAAGCACUGGCAUGACCCGGUGACCAAGUACAUCCCCGAGCUUGCACAGGACAAAGCCAGGAAUCCGGUGUACGACAUCGACUGGUCCGAUGUGACCCUGGGCGCGCUGGCCAGCCACAUGGGCGGGAUUCCGCGGGAUUACGCCCUCGGCGACCUCGCCCCGUACCUCCCGGAAGGGGGCCCCGGGCUGCCGGUGCUGAACGACUCGGAGAAGAUCCAGUGCGGCACCGUCGGCCUCCGGCCAUGCACAAGAGACGAGGCGUUCGCCAAGAUUACCAGACAGUACCCCAUCGCCCCGAGCGACCACACGCCCGCCUACUCCACCAUGGCCUUCCAGCUGCUAGGCUACGCCGUCGAGAAGAUUGCCGGCACGAGAUUCCCCUCCCUCGUGCAGAAGAAACUCCUCAAGCCCCUCAAACUCAACCGUACCUUCCUGACCAAGCCCAACGAUACCAAAGCCCUCGUGCUCGACGGGUGGGACACGGAAUUUGGCGACGAAGCGCCCGGAUCAGGCUACUACUCCACCCCCUCCGACCUGACCGCCCUCGGCCGCUCCAUCCUUUCUUCCGCCCUCCUCCCGCCCUCCACAACCCGCCGCUGGCUCAAACCCGUCUCCCACACGGCCCGCCUGUCUCUCUCGAUCGGCCGGCCCUGGGAGAUCAUGCGCCUCGCAGUUCCCAUUUCAACCACUCCACCCCUAAACACGACGCGAAUCGUGGAUCUGUACACCAAACAGGGCGCCAUGGGCCCGUACAUGACCCUCCUCGCUCUAUCGCCCGAUUACGGAAUCGGAUUUGUGGUAAACGUCGGGGGCCCGAGUGCCGGUGCCACGUAUAACCUGCUCCUGGAAAAGCUGAGUGCCGUCUGGCUGAGCGCGGCGGAGCAAGCAGGCAGGGAGCAGGCCGGGGCGACGUACGCGGGCAAUUAUACCCUGCCUGAGCAGGAGGAGGAGGGGUCGGAUGUCGUGGAGGUGAGAGUGAGUGAGGGCGAGCCUGGGUUGGAGGUUAGCCGGUUGGUGAGUAACGGGAGCGAUGUGAUGGCUGUGGUGGGCGGGCUCGUGGGCGUUCCCCAGGGGGCGAGGGUUGGGGCGUGGCUGUACCCUGUGGGAUUGGCGGGGGGGAACAAAAUUGCGUUUAGGGCGUCGUUGGGAGUGAAGGGUGUUGCGGUUGGGGAGACGUGCUCGUCGUGGGGAUCACUGGAUAUGAUCAAGUAUGGGGGCCUGCCGGCCGAUGUGUUUGUCUUUGAGCUGAAGGAUGGGAAGGCGGUGGCGGUCGAGGUGCCGGUGCUCAAGAAGACGCUGAGGAGGGAUGGCAAAUGAUAUUAAACUACGUGUAAAGGUCUUGGUUGUAUCCAAUCAUCUCCUCUCUGCUUAGCUUCUGACCAACUCAGCGCCGUCACUCAGUAUCCCACCACCGCUCCAUCUCCCUCAAAGCAUUC